AUGGCCUCCCAACCUCGCCUCAAGAUCGCCCUGAUUGGACUCGGUCGUCUAGGUGCCAUCCGUGCACGAAUCCUUGCAUUCCAGCAGCCUCGAAUUGAGCUCGUCGCAGCUUGCGACACAAAGCCUGGUAGCGAUGAGUUCGUGACACAGAACCUCCCUCCAUCUGUCAAGUACUAUGCCGAUCCCGAGGACUGCAUGAAGAACAGUGGUGCUCAAGCCGUUCUGAUAUCUACUGCUACUGCCACCCAUGCUCCCCUUAUCUGCCUGGCUCUGGAUCUUGGCCUGCAUGUCAUGUGCGAAAAGCCCAUCGCAGUUGAUGUGAUCACUACCGAGGAAGUCUUAGCAAAGGCCAAAUCCAAGCCACAUCUUAAGUUUUUGGUUCCAUUUUGCCGAAGAUACGAUGAUUCGUACCGUGCUGCCAAGGAGUUGGUCGAGAAGGGCGAGCUUGGGGAGAUUCACGCCGUCGAGACCACUUGCCUUGACCAGCAGGACCCUACUGGCUUCUUCGUGACCUUUUCUGCUCAGUCCGGAGGUAUCUUUGUUGAUAUGGGUGUCCACGACGUAAGCCUACUUCUCAUGCUGAUCAUCCAGAUGUACGCUAAUACCAAGGACCAGAUUGAUAUCGGCCGAUACUACUUGAAUGUUACUUCUGGUCUGAAGAAUCCCAAGAAACAAGUGAAUCGAGUCAUCGCCAUGGGACAGCAGGCUGUCUAUGGCGAACUUGCCAAGUAUGGUGACUGCGACAACGGAUGGGCCAUGGUUGAAUUUGCAAAUGGCAAGGUUCUGACCUCUCACCUUGGCCGCACACUCACAAACGGUUUUGAGAGCUGCACUCGCGUGUGUGGAACCAAAGCCCACUCUGUCGUGAACGGGAACUCGACCAUCAAUCGUGUUGAGAUCCGCGAUGGUCAUGGUGUGCGGACUGCCACUACCCCCGAUGCCUUCGUCCUCUACGACAAGUCGUUCAUCAACGACCUCGCUGAGUUGGCCACUGCUGUUCUAGACGGGAAGCCUCUGACCUGCACUCCCGAUGAUGCCUAUGAGGCCGCAAAGAUUGCUACUGCUCUCCAAUACUCUUUCCGAAAUGGGGUGCCGGUUUUCUUUGAUGACGAGGGCCAACCCAUUAUGGAGGUUCCCAAGACGAGCGGUAAUUAA